AUGGCGACAUCCACUCAAAACAAUGACGGUACACGGCUGCUGGAUCUACCCUCCGAACUUCUCCAAAUGAUCUUUAGGGCAGUGUUUGCGGGACAAAACUUGGUCUGUCGCCAUAAUCGCUCCAACAACACGGUCACGAUAGCACGUCCCUCGUCAAUGAUCGUGUCAAAAUGCUAUCUCGCAGAAGCCAAGAACGCGCUGUUGGUCUCAGAAGGUGUUGUCGAUCUAGAACUGGAGUGGGAAGGCUGCGACUGGGAGAACGUCUCAUUUUCUCCAGAGUUCCAAUUGAUUCAGCACCUCAAAGUCCCUGAGCAUAUCUAUCAUUCUGGCGGGACGCCGAAAGCUGAGAAUGUUGUGAGACGUGCUCUCAAGGCCGCGCCACAGCUGAAAAGCUUGACCUUCACUUUAGCAAGCUCAGCAGAGUAUGAUGGGCAUUGGAAGUGGGGAGUCGAUGCAAUACCUAAUCGAUUCAUUGUUCUUUCUGAGGGCACUGGAGAUCACUCGAAGUCCAUACUGAAAUUCGCGAUUGCACUUAUGGAGUGGCGGCCAAUACUUGCUGGGGAGCUGUCAAAACGAGCCGAAGCCUUCAAAGUCUACGUCGAAACGAGAAUAACGGCAGAGCACCUAGCCGGCGACGCGCCACAGCAAUGUCGUCUGUCGGCAAGCGCAAAUCCUCGGCAAAGCAAGAAGGUCAUGCUGACCCACCUCCGUCUCGCAGACAGCUACUCACUGCACGCGUGGCCUGGACCUUGCUUUCAUCCGAGGCAUCGACGGCAAGCAGCCGAGUUGCCAGUCGAUCCGGCGCCAACAGAGCACUCGAUUCUUGAUGGCGCCACUGCGCACGACGACGAAGAAGAAUGCGUCAAUCCAGUUUGGGUGAUUAGCGGCGCUCGGGGCCAGUCGAGUCGCAUGUUGAUCAUAGAAAUGGAGAUAUGA